AUGUCAGACAAGGACAACAAUUCACAGCAAGAUGUCUCGUCUACAUCUUUUGCAAACAGAAAGGCUCUCUUUCAACAAUUACAAUCCACCUUGAAUGCCUCCAACAAUGUUGGUUCCAAAUUUGGUGGACCCAAAGCAGCACAACAAGCAACAGUUGGCUCCUCCUCUUCCUCAUCGUCGACAUCCACCUCAUCACCAUCAAAAACAAGAGGAGGUGAAAGUGAAUUUGAUCGUCAAUCUCCACCACCAUCCUCGACAUCCUCAUCACAAUCCUCUCCAAACUCAUCCGUGAGUGGUGGUAGUAGUGGUAGUGUUGCAAGAAGAGAAGCUCCCAAGCUUCCACAAAGGAAUGGAUCAAACACUUCAUCUUCGGAUCAAAAGUCGACAAGUGUGGCCAAUAAUAGUAGUAGCAGUACGGUGGUGCCUCCAGCAUUGCCUCCUGCUCGAAAGGGAUCCACUACUACUACGACUAUGACAACAAUGCCUGAAGAAAAAGCUUUGACUCGUAAACCCAAUGUUACUUUUGCUUUGGGUGAAACAAGUGUAAAAUCAACAACACCAUCACCAUCAUCCUCCAAACCAUCGAUUGUCAUCUCGAACGACGAUGAGGAGGAUGAAGAUCGCAUUGAAGUUCGAGAACGUGUCUCCGAUGUGGAUGGAAGUGGUGAUAGUAGCGAUGAAGAAGAUGACAACACGACGAUGACGACAACGAGCAGCAGUACUAGUAGUGGUAACAGUGGUGUUGGAAAGACGACUUCUUCCAAUACAUUCAAGUCAAUAUCAGCAGCUGUCGGAGACUCCACUCAAAACUCGAAGCUCAGUAGUCAUCCUACAAACAACAACAACACGAGUGGUGUGAGUAGUAGCAGUAGCAGCAGUAGUGGUGAUGGUGGUAUGAGUGUUGUCAAAUCGACAAAUUCCACAUCUUCUCAACAACAACCACCAACCACCACAAUGAAUACAGUUUCUGCGCUCAAGAAUUCAAGUUUGUGGAAUCAAAAAGUAGCACAAAAUAGCUCUUCUUCCAAACCAGUAUCUCCUCUCAACUCGAAAUCAUCCUUCUCCUCCUCCACCUCAACAACAACAACAACCGAUUCCUAUUCCAGUAAAUUACAAAAAGAGAGUGCUUCCAAUGCCUCUUCUUCUUCUUCCUCACAACAACAACAAGUUCAGAAAAAGAAGGAGGAUGAUCCCACUGCAAAUUUACCAGAAGGUUGGUGUGCCUAUUACGACUCGACACGAUGUGCCUAUUAUUAUCACAAUGAAGUGACUGGAGCAACGACUUGGAAGAAACCUCAUGUUGAGAAAGAAUCGGAAAGCUCUAUGAACACUACUUCCAAACUUCAAACUCUUCCUCCUCAACUCGAGAAUGAUGAAUUGGAAGAGGGAUGGACAGCUUAUUUCGAUUCUGGAAGAAAUGCUUUUUAUUAUCAUCAUGAAGCGACCGGAAAGACCACUUGGAAGAAACCUUUGAAGAAGGAAAUGAACAGCAGCAGCACCUCAACCACCACGAAACCUCCAGUGCCAACCACGAAACCCAUCAAACCCACUCUACCCAUCAUGAAACCCACUCUACUCAUGGACGGCAAACAAACCACAGAAUAUGAAACUUUUCUUCCAAUGGUUCCUGUAAAACCUAUUCGAAAGAAUUCAGCAAACUCUCUCGAGAAGCAACAACAAGAACCAGUUUCGAGUGGUGCUUUCCCAUCGACUCAACCACCCUCUGUACCAUCCAACAAACCCUCACGAAGUGUGAGUCCUAAAACAGCAACAACCACAACAACUUCAAGUGAUUCCACUACCACUUCUGAUAGUGUGUCUCGAUCAGUUCCACCUCCAUUGCCAAGUGUGGGUGCGAAACCAAGCAUUGGGGCUAAUCGAUCACCACCACCUUCAGUGCCUUCAAACAAACCAAAAUUAAUGGAUUCUUCUUCUUCGAGUGGUGGUCAUUUGGAACAUUCAGGUGAUGUAGACAAGAAGGCCACGGUGAUUCGAACAGAUACAAUAUUGCAACCUCAACUGAUGCCAUCUCCUCCCAAUGAGGAUCAUCAACCAAGUAGAAAAUCCUUUAGUGCAAGUUCUGGAGGAGCUUCCUACAAUCGUUAUCAACCAGCUCCUUCAGAUUAUCAACAAGAUUUCCGUGUUCGUCAAUUGGAGGAUCGUAACAUGUGUGACGACUUGACUCUUCUUCUCAUGGACACUAAUAAGGGAAGAAAGAAAUCAGUGGAAAGCAACGUCAAUACUACGGCUAAUGAGUUGACAGAUAUUGAUUUGACCAAGAUUCUCUCCAAUCGUUAUUAUCAAAACGAAAUUUACACUUGUGUUGGCCCAGUGAUUUUAUCACUCAAUCCCUACAAGAAUGUUAAGGGAUUGUACAGUAAUGAAACCAAGGCCUUGUUCCACUCUCACAUUCCCUACGAAUUGGCUCCUCACAUCUAUUCAUUGGCUGAAGAUACGUAUCGAACUCUUUUGGAACAUGCGACGACCACAUCGAAUAAGAAUUCAUUAGUGGAGACAAGAAAUGGUACUAAAAAGAGACCUCCUCCACCACCAACAGAAGAACAACAGCAACAAGUGGAUGAAUCUUUCAUUAUUAAUGAUUUUAGUAUUUCAGAAGGAAUUGGUGUUGGACAAGCCAUUAUCAUCAGUGGUGAAUCUGGUUCAGGAAAAACAGAAGCUGCUAAAAUUAUUAUGGAAUACUUGGCAGCUGUCUCAAUUUCUGGAUUAGAGACACAAAGAAUUAAGGAUUCCAUUCUGCAAAGUAAUCCAUUGUUGGAAGCAUUUGGUAAUGCCAAGACUCUUCGAAACAACAACUCUUCUCGUUUUGGUAAAUUCACAAAUCUCUAUUUCAACUUUAAGGGUCAAUUGCAGGGAGCUGAAAUUUUCACACUCCUUUUGGAGAAGGCCAGAGUGGUCAAGAGAAGAUCUGGAGAGCGUAAUUUCCACAUUUUCUAUCAACUCUUAUCGGAUGAGUAUGUGAGAAAACAAUUGGGUCUUGGUUUCCCUGAAGAAUAUCACUAUCUCAACAACAACUUGAUCACCGUGAAUGCCAUCGAUGAUUCACUCGAAUUUGAGAACACAAAGAAAGCGAUGGAACUCGUUCAAAUGUCCAUUGCAGAACAAAUGGCUGUAUUCAAGGUUGUGGCAGCAAUUUUACAGCUCGGUAACAUUAAAUUUUCAAGCAUUGAAGAUCCAGAAGAACGUAAAGGACGUGGUAUUGCUCCGGGAGUGAGAGCUUGUGAUGUUUCCAAUGAAAUUGCUCUUAAAACUACUGCCAAUACUCUACAAAUGGAUCCUGAAGUGUUGAGAAAGAGUUUAAUCACAAGAACCAUUCGUAUGGUUGGUAAUCCAACUCCAAUCGAACAAAAUCAAUCUGUGGAACAAGCAGAAUUCAACAGAGAUACAUUGGCAAAGAAUAUUUAUGAACGUCUCUUCCUUUGGUUGGUCAAGAGAGUGAAUCGUUCUCUGAGAGUACCUGAUUAUGACGAUUUUGUGAACAAGACCAAUCGUGAGACCUACUUUAAUAUUGGUAUUUUGGAUAUUUUCGGAUUUGAAAUUUACUCUUCGAAUAUAGGUACUGGUAAAGCUGGUGGUGAGAAUGAGAACGAUUCUAUACCCAAUGACAAGUUGAAGAACGGUUUUGAACAAUUGUGUAUCAACUUUGUCAAUGAAAAGAUUCAAAGUGGUGUUCAAAAGUCCAUCAAGAAGGAACAAGAAGAGAUUAAGAAGGAAAUUUAUGGUGACGACUACCAAACCCAACCUUCACAUCUUGUUGUUGAUGAAACCCAACAACGAAAUACCAAAUUUGAUUCAGAAUCUGCCAUUCAACUCAUUGCUGGUAAACCACUCAGUGUUUUCUCCUUGUUGGAUGAAGAGAGUUUAUUCCCCAAUGGUAAUGAUGUAAAUUAUGUUCAAAAGAUGAAAACCAAUCUCAAACAUCCUUACUUUAAAAUUCCAAGAUUGGCUGAACCUGUAGAAUUUGAAAUUGAACACUUUGCAGCUGCUGUACGAUACAACACUUCUGAUGGAUGGGUCGAUAAGAACCGUGACACACUCUUUGAAGAUUUACUAUUCGCCAUGCAAACAAGUAAGGACCAUCUCAUCAUUGCUCUUUUCCCUAAAGGAGAACAAUCCAAUGAUGUCUUGUCAAAGAACAAAUCUCUUGGUGGUAGCAAAUUGCAACAAACCACAGCUGCAAAGUUUUUGAAAGAUGUUGGUAAAUUAAUGCAUCAAUUGAAUUCAUGCAGUUUGAAACAUCACCAUAUUCGUUGCAUCAUUCCAAACUAUGAGAGAAGAGCAGACGAUUUCCAGACCGAUGUUAUCAAUCAUCAAGUGAAAUAUUUGGGUGUUUUGGAUACUGUCUUGUCACGAAAAGGAGAUGUUGGAUCCGCAGUGGGUUACAAUAUUAAGAUUCCAUACGAUGUCUUUUUGGAACGAUACAAGUUGUUGUGUCCUGACACAUUCCCCUAUUGGGAAACAUUCAUCACCAACAAGUAUGGAAAUGUUCCAGAAUUCACCACUGAACACAAAAAGGAAGCCGUUCAACAAAUUUUGAGUCAGGAAAUUAUUGGCAUGACCAAUCCAGAAGAUUUUUUCCUCGGUAAAAACAAUGUCUUACUCCAAUCGGCCGUUCAAUUGUUCCAACUCGAUGACAUGGUUCGAAAUCAAAAGCAUGAAAUGGUCAAGAAGAUUCAAAAUGCAUUCAGAAAGUAUCGACAACGAAGAGCUGACAAGUUGGAUGAAAUGAUGAAGAAGGCCAUGCAAUCCGAUAAAGAAUCUUCCAACAAGACAGCCAUUGUCGAGGAACCAGAAGAAGUCAUUCUUCGCCACGAUGGUUUCAGAACCAAUAACUUUGGAGAGAAUAAGAAACGUGUGCUCAUUACUGGUUCUGAUAAGAGAAAUAUUUAUUUACUCGAUUCCACAUCAGCAGAAUUGGAACAACUUCGAAAGAUCCCUAUUCGAGAUAUUUCUAAAAUUUAUAUUUCUCCAUAUUCUGACAAUUACAUUAUUUUCAAGAUGAAUAAUUCAGAGGAAGUUGGAGAUGAAUUGUUAGAUCUCGAUAACAAGUGGGAAUUUUUGGAAGAGUUCAACAAAUUAAUCGAAUCCGCUGCUGCCAAAAACAAGGGUGAACAUUUUACAAAGGUUGAAGUCACUAAGGAAAUAAGUAUUUUCAAUAACAAGCCAGAUGAACGAGGAGUUCAGAAAUUCACUGUUCAGUUCGUACCAUCUCCGUACAACCUCAAGAAGACUGUCACAGCUGAAGCUUUCCUUGAUGAACAUGAAAAUAGAGUGAUGGUCGUUCACACCUUCACUCAAGCCGAUAUUUAUAAUCAACGAAAGUUGAGAAGAAAGAUCUCUCUAUUCGGUAAACACGACCCAAACAGAGAUUACUUGAGAAUGAACUUUAGUGAACUGAUGAAUCAAUUGAAAAAAGACUAUGGUGACAGUAAGGUCAUAUUCUCUGGCGUUGUUUCCAAAUACAACAAGAGAUUUAAGAAGCAAGACAGAAUUUUGAUGGUCACAGAUAAGGCAGUUUACAAUAUUGAUCCAAGUGGAGGUUAUAUGGUCAACAGACGUAUUCCAAUUACACAAAUUACUUCUGCCACUGUUUCUCCAUACUCUGACAACUUCUUUGUGAUUGAUCAUCCAGAUCAAGAUGUUUUGAGUGAAAGUGCCAAGAAGACUGAAAUUUUGGAAUCCAUCUAUGACUCUUAUCAAGAAUCUUGCAGUCAACUGUUACCAAUUAAGGUUGUCACUCAACACCAAAUCAACCUUGCUAAGAAGGGUACAAAAGAGGUCGAUUUGGAAUGGAUUCUUGAGCCAGAAAAUCAAGAACAAUUCCUAGUGACUACUUUGGUACCUGUUCAAAAUGGUGCUGAGAUUCACGUUGUCUCUGAAUCUGAUGCUGACUCUGACAAGGCACACAAUGAUUUAGCUGUCAGACAAUCCAUGACAAGAAAGUCAGUUCGUGCUGGAAAAAUGGCCAAACCUGGAGACAUGGAUGAAGUUGAACUCAGUGAUGUUUUUGGUGGUUUGAAGAUUCGUCGUAAGGAUUCUGUUCUUGUGUGGUUCCAAGGUGAUUAUUUGAAUUUGAAAGAAAAUCCAAAAUUCUGUGAAAUUAUUCGUAAGCAUGAUCCUGAAUGGAAUGGGCAAAUCUUGUUCUCCAACUUGAUGACAAAGGUCAACAAGAGAUUCAGAACUCAACCAAGAAAAAUUGUCGUAACUCCUAAUUAUAUUUACACUGUGGAUGAUGAAAAGUUGACCAUCAAUCGUGUAACUCCAAUCAAAGACAUUUCUGGAAUUUCUGUGAGUACCAUGCGUGACGCCUUCUUUGUCAUUCAUUGCCCAACCGAUCAUGAUUUGUUUGCUUCAUGUAAGAAGAAGACUGAACUUAUUAGCGUUAUUUGUGACGCCUACAAAGACAAGUACGGAAUGGAAUUAUCCGUCAAUGUUGAAGACAAGUUUAUUUACAAACCAAGUACCGAUGUGAAGGGUGUCAAGACCAUUGAAUUCAAACACGAUCCAACGGUAAAGGUUCCAGUAUUGACUCCAACCAAACUUGGAUGUCUCAUUCUCGUGAACAAUACUGAUCCUGAAAAGGUGAAACAAGACCUGCCAAAUGCCAAAAACCAAAAACCAACCACUGUAUCUUCCUUAAAACUUUACGAAGGAUCAGACGAAAGAGGUAUUCAAGAUAAGGUCGAUUCUAUCUAUAGCGGUAGAAAGGGACGUAACAGAAGAACUCUCAUGCGUGAAUAUAUGGGAGAUUAUUUGAGACUCGAAGGUACACAAAGAAUGAAGAAGAUAUUUGACAGAAAUGGUGAUAAGGAAUUGUUGUUUUCAGGACAAGUACUCAAGUAUAACAAGCAUUUCAAAAAACAAUAUCGUUUACUUGUUGUGACCGAUAUGAAUGUGUACAACAUUGAUGAACAAGAAUUUAAAAUCAAGAGAAAGAUUGGUCUCGAUGAAAUUACAGGUGUUUCAGUAUCUCCAUUUGAUGACAAUGUGUUUGUGUUGCAUUGUCCAACAAGUGGUGACUAUUUACUCGAAGAUGAAAAGAAGACUGAAAUUAUUGCUGCUCUGCAAAAUGCUAAAGCCAGACACCACAAACAACAACUCAAGAUUAAUGUCGACGAUCAAUUCAAUUUUGCUCCAAAUCUCUCCACAACCAUGCCUGUCACCUUCAUCAGUGACGACCAUGCGAAGGAAACAUGGGCCGAGAAUAGAAGUAAUGCUCUUGUGGUGCAUGUGAAGAGACAAGAACCUGGAGUGGUUUUGGAAGCUGCUUAUGUUUAUGUGAACGAUGAAUCGAAACCUAUUGAAGUUAAAUCUACUCCAAUUCUCAUCAAGCUCAAGAAGAGAUGGACCUACAAGUUACAAAUUCGUUUCUAUGUCAAUGAAUUCCUUUCUGGAUGUGAAUUCCAUGAAAAGUUGGAUACUGUAUCUUCUCGUGUGGAAUAUGUUUCUAAGGUCGUUGAUCUUGAACCUAAGGAAGAACGUUAUGUGAUUACAUUACCUGAAAGAAAAGUCAUUUGGAGUUUGUUGUCUAAAACUCGUGUGAAAUGUAAGCUUGUGGAUAGUACUGGAAAGGUAUUACUUGCUGUGAGAUUUGUCUAUGACAUUAAUUAA